AUGACCCCUCCCCUUCGCAAUGGCCUGCUCCGGCAGGCGAGCACCUGCCUGCGCCAACAGCGAACCACCCCCGUUCUCCGCGCCUCCCGCAAUGCCACCCUCCAACGGUUACUGUCCACACUGGCCAUCCUCGAACAACGCGAAGGCAAGCUGAACAUGUCCUCCCUGGCCUCCAUAUCCGCCGCCCAAAAGCUCUCCGGCCCCAUCCACGGCUUCGUUGCCGGCUCCAACGUCAAAGCCGUCGCCGAGGAAGCCUCCAAAGUCGAGGGUCUCGAGAAGGUCAUCUACGUCGAGAAUGGCGACUACGACCGCGGCCUGCCCGAGAACUACGCCCCUCUCCUGGUUGAGAACAUUAAGAAAGGCGGCUACACACAUGUCUUCGCCGGCCACUCCGCCUUUGGCAAGAACCUCAUGCCCCGCGUCUCCGCCCUCCUCGACGUCCAGCAGAUCUCCGACAUUACAUCGAUCGAAAGCGAGGAUACUUUCAUUCGGCCCAUCUAUGCCGGCAAUGCCUUACUCACGGUACAAUCGGAGGACUCGCCCAAGCUGAUUACGAUCCGCGGCACAGCCUUCCCAGCCGGCGCAGCAGAGGGCGGCUCUGCCAGCAUCGAGGAAGGAACUGACCCCAAGGCCUCUUGUCCCACCGAAUGGAUCAGCGAAGACCUGGCCAAAUCAGAUCGUCCAGACCUUGCGACGGCGGAGAAGGUCGUCUCGGGCGGUCGGGGGUUGAAGAGCAAAGAGGAGUUUGACCGACUCAUGCCUCCGUUGGCAGACGCAUUAGGCGCAGCGAUCGGAGCGUCGCGGGCAGCUGUGGACUCUGGCUUCGCGGACAACUCGCUUCAGGUUGGGCAGACCGGGAAGAACGUGGCACCGCAACUGUAUCUAUGCGCUGGGAUCUCAGGAGCGAUCCAGCAUCUGGCGGGAAUGAAGGAUAGCAAGGUCAUCGCGGCGAUCAACAAAGACGAAGAUGCACCAAUCUUCCAGGUUGCGGACGUAGGGCUGGUGGGAGAUCUGUUUGAAAAGGUGCCAGAGUUGACGGAGAAGCUGAACGCGGCGAAGUGA